AUGGAGUCUGACGCGUAUGAUUACGGCGGUGGCAGUGGUAAUGUCAGUGAGGAAGAAGCGGCAUCUGAGCGCAGCAGGCCAAAGUACGUCAUUGAAAUGCCCACGCCGGCACCAAUCUCACUAAAAGCUGAAACUAUUAUACUGACAAUAUUAGAAAAGCCUUCACAAGACGAGGAAAGUAUGCUUCCCCCAGAAAUCUUGGCAGCUCUUGGGGAAGCAAAAACGUUCUAA